UCUUAACCCCUCAACUUUACUAGUCUUCGUUUAGGGUUUCCGUCUCACACCCAGUAGCCUCCAGAGCCGCCGCUGCUUCAUUCGUUCGAAAAUGGUUAAGGGUCGUCAAGGAGAGCGCGUCAGGCUCUACGUCCGUGGAACCGUCCUCGGAUACAAGAGGUCGAAGUCGAACCAGUACCCAAACACGUCCUUGAUUCAGAUCGAGAACGUGAACACCAAGGAGGAGGUGGCAUGGUACGCCGGGAAGCGUUUGGCUUACAUUUACAAGGCCAAGGUAAAGAAGAACGGCAGCCACUACCGUUGCAUUUGGGGAAAGGUCUCUAGGCCUCAUGGAAACACUGGCGUCGUUCGCGCCAAGUUCACCUCCAAUCUUCCACCCAAAUCCAUGGGAUCCAGAGUCAGGGUUUUCAUGUAUCCCAGCAACAUUUGAGGGAUGAGGCUAAUGUAGAUGACCGAUUGGAUUUGGAGUGCAGCAGCUGCUUUUUUGCUUUUAUGUCGUUUAGAUUCAAACUUUGAAAGACUUAAUGUACUGAGGAACCUGAGUUAUUUAUCUAAACGUUUGUUGCUAGACUUA